AAAAUAUUCAUACAUUCCCGACAUCGUCCGACGUGAUAUACUGCAUGUGCGCUUGUACGGUUUCUUUAUUUCAAGUACAAAGUCGCCUGCCUUUAGCUCUAUUCGGUUCAAUGCGGAGGACCUGGCACGCCCUUCAUAUGGCUUCGAUAUCAAGCGACUAUGCAUCCGAGGGAACGGACCAGUCGUUAAAUUUCCCUUCGAUCUAUUCUUACAGGCUUCCUACCAUUGAUAUGCGGCACCACUGGAAGCUUCUUGUGCUGCAACCGAGUAGCCUGCCGGCCUGACAAGGAUUGGGUGGUCUGCGGAGUUCAAGGUAUAAAACUGGGCCGAGUAGUGACCUAUACCUCAUCAAAGGUCGCCUCAAGUAACUUUACUUGGCUAUCAUCUUGGUUCUUCAUCCUACCAUGCACUCUGCUGCGCUCGCCCUCAGGCUCUCAGCUUUCGUCACAGUCGCCACGGCCUUGCAAAUUACCAGUGAUAAUCCAGCAUUCCUAGCUGCCGGCAGGGCAGGAUGUAUCACUGCGUCCUCCAACACCACCGGGGCUCCCGUCGUCAUUCAAGACUGUGGUGUGGGGGUCUCUGGGCAAAACUGGGCUUUCGUGCAAAGUUCUGAACCUCAGCCACUCACGGUUCUCGGUGACAAGUGUUUGGACGUAAUUGACGGCAACAACGCUGAUGGUACCAAACUCCAAAUCUGGACCUGUGUCCCCGGAAGCACGAAUCAACUUUUCAUCCCCUUUGCUGACUCCAUCUACCAAUGGGCUGGAACGAACAAAUGUAUCGACCUUACCGACGGCAACAUCAGUAACGGGAAUCAGGUACAGAUCUGGACCUGCGACUCGAACAACUCCAACCAGAUGUGGACUGCCAAUUCCGUUUCCCCUCCCCCGCCGGUACAAACGGUCCGACUUUUGGCAACCGGAGCAGGUCAACACGCAGCGUCCGUUUGCAUGGCAGCCCCUUCCAAUGCCGAUGGAACUACUGUCGCACUCGCCUCGUGUGGUGACUUGAGCACCGUCAACUGGGUCCUUCCCCCUCAGGGAGCUAACCCAAAUACAUUCACGGGCCAGAUCAAGACGGCCGAUGGGACCAAAUGCCUCGACGUUCGCGACGGUAAUCCGUCCAAUGGGAAUUUACUCCAGAUCUGGUCGUGCAUAGAUGGGAACACGAAUCAGUUGUGGCAGGUUACUAAGCCAGAGAAUUUGACGACGGUAUCGAUUUCUUGGGUUGGACAGAAUAAGUGUGUGGAUGUGAAAGACGGUGUUUAUACGGCUGGUACUGAUCUUCAGCUUUGGGACUGCGACCCCAAUCCCCUCAACCCGAGUAAUAUCAACCAGUUAUGGUCUAUCUUCAACUAG